AUGGAUCCGCCCCCCUCCCAGCAAAACGUCCCAACACCCCAAUCCGCCCAUACAUCACCACUCCACGACGAAGACUGCGCCUUCUGCCAGAUCAUAACCGCCUACCCCAUCGUCUCUCCCCUAGAAUCAUCCCAAACACUAUCAGAAGCGCUCAACCCAGAAAAGCUUCACCCUCCAGCAUUCGUACUACUCUCGACGGAGCACGUAGUAGCAUUUCUGGAUAUCUUCCCUUUGGUCCGAGGCCAUGUCCUGUUAUGUCCACGGCGACACGCGGAGAAGGUUGGGGACAUGACGAGCAGGGAGGGGAUGGAGAUCGGGCGGAUACUGCCCCUGAUAUCACGAGCGGUAGUCCGAGCUACAAUGCCAGAUAUACCCCAUGCCGAGGUCGACUACAACAUAGUCCAGAAUAAUGGGCCAGGUGCUGCUCAGGUCGUACCACAUACCCACUUCCACAUAGUUCCUCGAUACCCCUUCGAGAGCACCUACACCCCCUACACGACUCCAAAGAGGAAACCUCCACCCCAAGGCAUUCAAGCUACAGCUAUCCUCUUCGGUCGCGGCCAGCGGCAUUACAGGGACGACGAUGAUGCGGAGGGACUGAUCAAAGUGAUGCGGAAGGAGGUUGCAGAGGAGUGGCGCAGGGAAUUUGGGGGUGGUAAUGUGUCUGUGAGCGAUCGCUCGGACGCGGUAGAGGAGGGCCAGUCAGGCCGGACAAGCGGCUCGAGUGAGGCGCAGCAGGAGGGAGCCGGGGCGAGCUCGGCGACCAGAAUUUGA